AUGAAUCCUGAAGCCUCAUCUAGCAGCGAUAUCGUACGGCGGCAAGGCUACCAGGUGGAGGUCCAAGCAGAGCCAAAUAUAAUUCUUAUACUCUUUCUAGAGAAAGAAGUGCUUCACCGUCCAAUCAAACCCAGUUGCUAUCUCAAGGCUCGUAUGGAUAAGCAGGGCGAAGAAGUCAUCUAA